UUCAUAACCUAACAGUUUCUGCUAAUCUUUUUCUCACAUGAUACAGUUGAUUCUGUCAGAGCUCUCUAAUGUCUGUACCCAAAUACAGUGCAAAGAGAAAUUACAACAGACCUCACUAUUUGAUUCAUUAUGAAAUAUAUGAGGCAUGUGCCUCCCCAAUGCACAUGUUCCAGGAUGGCGCGCCCUAUGGAAACACUGGCAAAGAAGAUCUUAAAAGGAGUUUCAGUAGCUGAACUUAUGGGCAUUUUUGGAGCAUAUUUUUUGUUGAAUAAGAUGAACACAAGACAAGAUUUCAGGCAAACAAUGAGUAAGAAAUUUCUUUUCAUCUUAGAAGUUUAUUACAAAUCCAUUGAACAGUCUGGAAUUUAUGGAACCAGAGAGCAAGAUCAAGAAAAAAUGGUUGGAUAGCAAAAAUUAGUACAGUCGCGUUCAGCCUCCCAUCUAAGCUGUUUGAGAACUUUAAAAGAAGAAAAAUGAGUUCACCGUGCUGUGUGCUGAGCAGCAGGACUGCAGGUCACCUUGGCAUGCAGCUCCCACCCACUAGGCAAGCCCACCGCCUGUCUGCUGCUCUUUACUUUUUUUGUCAAAGACUAAUAUUUUACAAAGAAACACUAAGGAAGGAAAAGGAACAAAUGCUCUAUGAAGAUUUCCUUUCUCUCGAGUACUUUUACUUG